CACAGGGAGCGCCCCCACCCUCAGCGCCGGGCAGCUGCGACGAGGCUUCCCGCGGAGGGCGAGUGAGUGUGGCGGCAGCCGGUGGGCUGAGGGGGCUCUGAGGGGAGAGUUCCUGCGAGCCGUGAGGAGGAAAGGGCGGGAGAGGGGAGCGAGGCCGCGGCGGGACUGGAGCGAGCGGUGGCUGCGGGCGCUCGGCCCUCUCAGCUCCACCGCCGCUGGCAGCCCCCCCCACACAAGCUGUUCUCAGGGAAGGAGAAAGACGUGGCCCGUGCGUGCCCUCGUCCUGCGGAGGGGAGCGGGGCGGGAGCCCGACACGGCCCCGGAACUUUGUGAGGAGCAAGAGGCGUCGUGGGCGCCCCAGAGCAGGGUCUGGGCUGCCCGCAGAGCUGCGGGGUUGUACGGCAGCCUGAGGGCCUGGGCCGGCUGAUAAAAGUUUGUUCAUAAAGGAGGAAAUGGAUCAGUUUAGAGGAAUGGGAUAGGACAGUGCUCUUGCAGGAGGAUCACGUGUAGAUGAGAGCAGGUCUGUUCACUGAUUCCUGAGAAGCAUCUUGCUACAUGUUCAUAAAGAGGUCUAUGAUAAGUGAGAAUCCAGAUGAAGACAUGCAGUAAUAUCCAGUAAGGCCCAGAAGACAACUUUUUGUUGGUGGCUGAAACACUGGAUUUUUGUUAGCAGUUCGGCAAGAGUGAUACUAUCAGUAAAGAUGUCAUACUUAAUGAAAGGAGUGAAAUGUUGCAGUCCUAUGAAUCAGAUGCACAAAGUAACAGGAACUCUAUUUAAGGCACACAUAUUAAAGAACACAUUGGGCAUCAAUGAACAACAAUUCAAAAUUUCACGUACAUUAUCUCAACUUAGUUCUGAAAAGGCAAACUCUUACACUUACGUCAUUGUUGGAGCUGGAUCAGCAGGGUGUGUACUAGCCAACAGGUUGACUGAAGACCCUCUCAGUACUGUACUACUUUUGGAAGCAGGCCCUAAAGAUACCCUUCUAGGUAGUAAAAGACUGAUGUGGAAGAUUCAUAUGCCUGCUGCAUUAACAUACAACCUCUGUGAUGAGAAAUAUAACUGGUAUUACCACACAACAUCACAAAAGCAUAUGGAUAACCGAAUUAUGUACUGGCCUCGAGGAAGAGUGUGGGGUGGCUCCUCUUCUCUCAAUGCCAUGGUAUACAUUCGUGGGCAUGCAGAAGAUUAUAAUCGAUGGAGCAGGGAAGGAGCAAUAGGAUGGGACUAUGAACAUUGCUUGCCCUAUUUUAAGAAGGCACAGUCACAUGAACUGGGGCCAGAUCAGUACAGAGGUGGAAAUGGACCCCUGUAUGUGUCAAGAGGGAAAACAAACCAUCCUCUUCAUCAUGCAUUCCUGGAGGCAACCCAGCAAGCUGGGUAUCCCUUCACAGAUGAUAUGAAUGGCUAUCAGCAAGAAGGAUUUGGCUGGAUGGACAUGACUGUACACCGAGGUCAAAGAUGGAGCACAGCUAGUGCUUACCUUCGCCCAGCCAUGUCACGCCCAAAUUUGUCAGUUGCAGAGAAGACACUUGUAACAAAAAUCUUGUUUCAAGGAACAAAAUCCAUCGGUGUCGAGUAUGUGAAAAAUGGGCAAAGGAAAAAGGCUUUUGCCAGUAAAGAAGUUAUUUUAAGCGGAGGUGCCAUAAAUUCUCCACAGCUGCUUAUGUUGUCUGGGAUUGGCAAUGCAGAUGAUCUAAAAAAACUGGGGAUCCCUGUUGUUUGCCAUCUUCCUGGAGUAGGACAGAACCUUCAAGAUCAUUUAGAAGUGUACGUCCAGCAAAAGUGCACCAAACCUAUUACUCUAUAUAAUGCGCAAAAGCCAGUUAACAUGGUGAGGAUUGGUCUAGAAUGGCUUUGGAAGUUCACAGGUGAGGGAGCCACUGCCCACUUAGAAUCUGGUGGUUUUAUCCGAAGUGAACCAGGGGUUCCUCACCCUGACAUUCAGUUCCACUUUCUCCCUUCUCAGGUGAUUGAUCAUGGUCGGGUUGCUUCCACAAUGGAAGCUUACCAGGUCCAUGUGGGACCCAUGAGGAGCACAAGUGUGGGCUGGCUAAAGCUGAAGAGUACAGACCCAAAUGACCAUCCUAUCAUUGAGCCUAACUACAUGUCAACAGAAAGAGACAUUUGGGAAUUCCGCCAGUGUGUCAAGUUGACCAGAGAGAUCUUUGCUCAGAAAGCUUUUGAAAAAUUUCGUGGGCCUGAAAUUCUACCUGGAAAACAUGUUCAGUCUGACAACGAAAUAGACGCUUUCAUAAGGCAGAAGGCUGAUAGUGCUUAUCAUCCUUCUUGCACCUGUAAAAUGGGUCAGCUUUCAGAUAGCACUGCUGUAGUUGAUCCCCAAACAAAAGUAAUUGGUGUUGAAAACUUGAGAGUAGUAGAUGCUUCAAUAAUGCCCAGUGUUGUCAGUGGAAAUUUGAAUGCUCCAACUAUCAUGAUAGCAGAGAAAGCUGCAGAUAUAAUUAAGGGCCUCCCAUCGCUUCAGGAGAAAAACAUUCCUGUAUAUAAGCCCAAGACCUUGGAAACACAGAGAUAAACAAACGUUCUCAUCCUUUCACAUCUUCUUACUUAGGCUUUCAUCAGCAUGUUGGUAUCUCAUGCUGAACAUGCCAACAAAAUAAAUACCAUGCAAAACAACAUGCCCUAUUAAAGUAACUGUUAAUUCAAACCAUUCUCUUAUAUUAGACUACCUAUUCAUUCUUUUAAUCAGUUGGAUUAAGCUGCUUACUUUAGUUAAACAUGACCUUUUGCAGUACAAUUCAAUUUUUUUGUUGACGAGAAGCUAUUUCUAAAUGACAAGACAGUUAUGCACAUAAUCCAGAAAUACUACACAGUUGCAUGAGGAACGGAAGAGAUUAAUGUGUGCUAUUCUGAAAAUCAUUAUGGUAUGGUUUGUUAUUUAAAGGAAGGAUUUUAACUGCUGUGAGAGAGUCACCCAGGAUAACAGUUAGUCAGUAAUCCCCACAGCCUGCAAGGAAUCUUAAGCAAAUGUAAGCAUUUAUACAAUUGCAUAUUCAUAGGCCAAAGUAGUACGUAUCAGAAUUCAUAGGACAGAGAGGAACCUGCACGUGUUUGGAAUUUGUCAAAUGUGGGGUUUUAUGAGAGGAAUGCAGAGUUUACAAAUCCUCACUUAGAUUUAAGACUUCACCAUACUUAGCAGCCCUAAAACUGUAUAGUAUCGAUAAAGAAUACAUACAUUGUAUUUAUCAGAAACUUAUUUUUCUAAAAAAUACAGAACAGGAGCUGAUAUUUAUAAAAAUAUACUGGAAAACUGAAAUUUCUCCUUGCCUUUUUUUUUUUUUUUUUUUGCAAGGAGGUUAGUAGAAUUCAGUUCACAAUCUGAUUUAGUUGCAUCACUUUAUCAUUUAGCACAGUUAGAGAUCUGUGCUUCCUAUAACGUCCUUAAAGUUACUGGUCUUUGCUUAAAGAUGAGUCUUUGCAAAAGGUAUUUCUCAGGAAAUAUUCUGAAUGGUGCCUUACUAUUACUCAAAUUUUAGUAAAAAAAAUUACAGCCAAGGUAGGUUUAAAAUGAAUGCUUACUCAAAAUAACUACAUAAGUUCAGAUAUCGAUGAUACAGGAAGAGAUCUUUUUUGAAUUAGAAGGCAAGUAACUUAUGCAGUGAACCAGUGCUGUGUUUUAGUUAGGAUUUAAAUCUUUGUUUUACUGUUUUCAGAUGUGCAAAGCAAGAUAUGUGAUCUUUCAUGGCUGUUUUCUGUGUCAAUCUAACUUUCAGAUACUGAUUUUUUUUUUCAAAACCAUAAAGAAACUGAACUCAAUGAAUCCAUUGAAUCAUUUGAAUUUGUUAAGUAUUCCAAAAUAACGUCUGAGCUGCUGUCAAAUUAUAAAGCAAAAGCUUCUGUAGCCUAAGAUUACUUAGGACUUGUGGUAAACAGAAUAAACUUUUUUUUCAGAAAAAGUGGAAUUUUGAACCAUUUGAGCAGAUUGAGCAUUGAGCAGAAAAAAAACUUUGCUGACUCGGAUGUUUGCUAGAGGGACAACUGCAGCUGUUUAAGGCAGCCACUUCUACCUGGUGCUGUGUGCUGUAAGGCAGUGGUUGUAAGCCCCGCUGCUAACUGAGGGAAAGGACUUGAUUCGUUAGAGUAUCUGCAUAAAGACAAACAAAAAUACUGAAGAUGGAACAUGAUAGCAGUGCACUCUGCUCCAAAAAGAUACAGGUAAACCCUUUCUAUGUGUGUAAUGCAUUCUUUUGGAAUGAGGGGAAGAGCAAGAAUAUUUUAAGGCAUAGGUGAUUGAUUAGCUGUGUUAGUAAGACAAUUCAUCUGAUGCAACUGUGCAUUUGGGGAAAGCAUGAACUGUGUAUGGUGCACCUUUUUAGGGCAAAGUUUUUAUUCAGCACCUGUGCUUUUGAGAUUUUCAUUUAAAGGUAUUCAGUAGGUAUCUUAGUGUCAUUUGGAAUACAAAGUAUUAGGAUACUCAGAAUAAUAUAUACUGCUGAGACUUACCGCAGUUCUGUGCAGUUGAGAGGGGAAGCAAUUUGGAAAGAUGGAAUACUGAAGUUCCUGCAUUUGUAGAUUUACAAGACGGGUUUCCACUCUAGGCAUGCAAGAUCGGAAUUGUUAUUAUGCAACUGCAGAGGAUUAACCAGCUACUGUCUGACAUAACUUAUUACUGAACACACACACAGAGCUACCCUCUGCCAUUAUGUAAAGCUCUAAAAGAUGAGGAAAUGGCUCAGUUAGAUAUACAUGCCAAAGUGCGUGUCAUGUUCAGGUAUACAUUGCUGCAUUGUGCAAUCGGAUAAUCGGGCAUUUUUUCUGAAACAUCAUCACCUUUUCUUGCAGUUCUAAACAUACAUAGACACCUUGCAAACUCCUCCCCUUCUAAACAUUUAAAUGGUUUCAUUGCUGUGAACUGCAGUUGCUUUAUUAAUUUAGAGCUCACUGCUAUAGGAUGUUGAGGCACCUUCAUGACAUUCCUUUGAUGCAGCACUAAAGAAAUGGCUCAGGUACUUGAAAGUUCUGUUGCACUGGAGAAAUCUUUAGGUAGCAUCAAGCUACCGUUAGUUUCUCCUGCAUUGUAUCUGGUUUCCGAUACUGAAUUCCUGUUAAAACGCUUCUUCUAGCAGAGUCAAGUCUGCUAGGGGAUAUUUAGAACAGGUACAAGAUAUUUUUACAUGGUCUGAAGAGCAGUGGCAGUCUGCUAGCUAAAAUUAACCAUCUUUUACACUUAUCGGAUUGCAGAGCACAGGCUAAUAAUAUGAGAAUUUAACUCAUUUAACAAAAUAAUACAGUGUAUAAUUGAAUAUUAUUCCCGGUUCUGCCCACACACAAUUUAUUCUAUAAAUGCAUAGAUGAUACUGCAUUAUGUAUUCAAAAACAGUUAACUGUGAAAGCUGUUUGAUGUAAGAAUUUGGAGUUACUAGACCUGCCAGCAUGGCUUGAACCAGCAGUGGUACUGCGAGUGACAACACCAGCAUUUCCAUGGUAAUAUCUUGCUGCAGAUGCUGCUGACGCAGUUGGAGGUCUCUGGCUGGGGACAAUGAGAUUAAGAAAGAAAAGUGACCAAAAAAUGCUUAUGUUGUACACAUAUUUCAGUUCAAGUUGCUUCAGUACGAUUAAGUGCUUUUAAAAGCUGCAGAAAACAGCAGUAUUUAUAAAACUGCAUUAUAUUUAAUUUAUGUAAGGCCACUCAAGGUUUUGUACACCAGAACUUUUCAUAUUUCUGCAGCUUAAAAUCCUUUCCAAGUGUCUGAUUUCAUUUAGUCUGCAAUCAAAUGAGGCAGCUAUAUAUAAACACCGAAAAGCUGGAAAGUGGGCUUGGAACAUAUUUUGAACGAAAUACAGAACAUAAAAAUAUAAUAUAGAAAUUAUAUAUAAAGAAUAUAGAAACAUAUUUUGAGGAAUAAUAAAAGCAUUUAUGCAUUGUUUAAAAAUAUAGUUAAAAUGAAGUUAUUGUAGAGAGAACACAAGCGUAUCUUAUUACAGUAUUAUAAUUUUUAGUCUCAAUUCUUCUGUCAUCCAAGCUCCAAAAA